AUGACAUCCACCAUUGUCAUCGUCGACGACGAUCCGGUCCAGCGCCGCCUCGCCGAGGCCGCGCUGACGCGUGACGGCCUGUCGGUGGCGACCUAUGGCGACGGACCGUCGGCGCUGGACCGGCUGGCCGGCGCCGAUGCCGAACCGGUCGAUGCGAUGGUGCUCGAUCUGGUGAUGCCCGACAUGGACGGCAUCGCGGUACUCAAAUCGCUGCGCGAGCGCGGCGCGGAUGUCCCGGUCAUCGUCCAGACGGCCCAGGGCAGCAUCGACGUGGCGAUCAGCGCGAUGCGUGCGGGCGCCUUCGAUUUCCUGGUCAAGCCGGUCGCCCCGGAACGGCUCGCCAAGACCGUGCGCGACGCGGUCAAGGUCGCCCGCACCAAUCUGGCGCCAGCCGAAACGGCCGCACGCGGAAGGGCCCGCCUCAAGCCGGUGCCGGUGGAACUGGUCGGCGACGGCCGCGAGAUGGAACGGGUCCGCCGGCUGAUCAAGAAGGCGUCGUCGAGCGACAUUCCCGUUCUGAUCGAGGGUGAAUCGGGGACCGGCAAGGAACUGGUCGCCCGCGCGAUCGCGGCCAAGGGCCCGCGCGCCGGACGGCCUCUGGUGAUCGUCAAUUGCGGCGCCAUCCCCGACAAUCUGGUCGAAUCCAUCCUGUUCGGCCACGAAAAGGGCGCCUUCACCGGCGCCACCGAAAAACACACCGGAAAGUUCGUCGAGGCCGAUGGCGGCACGCUGUUCCUCGACGAGAUCGGCGAAUUGCCGCUGGCCGCACAGGUCAAGCUGCUGCGCGCCAUCCAGGACGGCCAUGUCGAGCCGGUCGGCGCCCGCGCCGGGCGCACGGUCGAUGUGCGGCUGAUUUCGGCCACCAACCGCGACCUGAUCGCCGCCGUCCGGGAGGGUCGCUUCCGCGAGGAUCUCUAUUACCGGCUGAACGUGUUUCCGAUCCUGACGCCGUCGCUGCGCGCGCGCGCCGACGAUCUGCCGGCGCUCGUCGCCCAUAUUGCCGCCCGCCAGGCGCACCGGGCGGGCCGCGCCCAGGAGCCCGUCAUCACCGACGCGGCGAUGGCCGUUCUGCGCAGCUAUGACUGGCCGGGCAAUGUGCGCCAGCUGGAGAACGAACUGUUCCGCGCAAUCGUCCUCAGCGACAGCGGCACGCUCGACGCCGCCGAUUUCGCCCACAUCACGGCCCAGAUCGAUCCGGUGCGCCAGGCGGCGGCGCCGCGCCAGACCGCACCGAACAGGCUGCUGGUUCCCGCGCCGAACGAUGCGGUGCCCGCCGCGCCGGACACGGGCAACGGCGCUGACCGGCAAUGGCAGCCCGAUACGGACCCGCAUCGGCUGCCGCUCCUCGAUGCCGACAAUCACGCCCGCGCGCUCAGCGACAUCGAGGCCGAUGUGAUCGCCCAUGCGCUCGGCCAUUAUGACGGCCAGAUGAGCGAGAUCGCCCGGCGCUUGGGCAUCGGCCGGUCGACGCUCUAUCGCAAGCUCCGCGAAUACGGGAUCGGCGAACCGCGCCACUGA